AAUGCGCAUAGGAACACAGCAUGGGAACAGAUGUGUCUCGCUCCUUCUCCAGAGGCUGCAUUCAAAUGCAUCGCACCCCAUCACUUUCCAGCUCCCCAUCUGCUUGUGCUUGAUGGUUCCUUCUGAUGGGGCAACACCAGAUCCCUGGUUUGUAGUUGGAGCUUUAGAGAACUGCGCUGAUGUGAGAUCCAACACAAGGGGACAUGUCUGCCGCUCAAGGACUUCUAAACAGCGUCUUCUCCUGUUCCUCUCCCGCCUCCAAAGCCAUGACCAAGCGGAGGCUACGCCAGACCCGCAGCCUGGACCCCGCGAUUAUAAGACACUGUGACACCGGCACCGAGGGCGCGAGUCGAGCACCGUUCCCCGGAGCGCCGCCCGAGGACGCAGGUGCGUGUCCGGAGCGAGUCGCUGUGAAACCGACUUUACGCAUGAAGAUUCCGACGCUAAAGGAGCCCAUAACCCCGUCCCUCUCUUCCCCUUCCAUUCCUUUGGACGUUUCCCCAUCAUCCAACUUCCACUUUGACUAUGAAACGGUGAAGCGGGCCAAAAGGAAUACCGCCGGGGAUUUACCGUUUCUGGUGAGGGGACCCGGUGCCGCGCCGUCCGGGAGCACGGGCGCGCUGUUCUCCCCUCGGAGGUGGCUCCAAAGGAAGGUGCAGCCGACCAGCUCUCACGCUUACGUGGUGUGGAAAUCAGAGGGUGAUUUCACCUGGAGCAGCCUGUCAGGACGGAGCGUGCGCCUGACACCGGUUUCCAUCCAGAGCUUGUCAGAGCUGGAGAGGGCAAGGCUGCAGGAAGUGGCGUACACCCGUUUACACCAGGACUAUGACCUGGGAUGUCAGAUCACCAUGCCAAAAGAUGGACAGAAGAGGAAAAAGUCGCUGAGGAGGAAAUUGGACUCUCUAGCGAAAGAGAAGAGUAAAGACAAAGAAUGCAUACCCCAGGCCUUCAGCAUACCGCUCUCGCAGGUCAUCGCCAAUGACAGAACACACCGGCAGCGCCAGGAUGGUUAUCGUCAGGACCCUCCACAGCGCGAGGAGCACAAGGACUCCUCCGACCUUGUCUCAUCCAUUUUACAGUUUGCCACCAAGCGGCCAUCCAAUAAAGAGUUAUCAAGCAGUAACUCCUCACUGAGCUCUACAUCAGAGACGGCCAAUGAGUCAACGUCACCCAACACCCCCGAAGCUGCACCACGAGCACGCAGGAGGGGAGGCAUGUCGGUGGACUCCAUCACUGACCUGGACGACAACCAGUCGCGGCUGCUCGAAGCAUUGCAGCUCUCUCUGCCGGCCGAAACGCUGAGUAAGAAGGAGAAGCACCGGGACAAACGGCUGAGCCUUAAUCCCAUAUACCGCCAGGUGCCCCGGGUGGUUGACAGCUGCUGUCAGCACAUCGAGAAAUAUGGUUUGCAGACGGUGGGGAUAUUUAGAGUGGGCAGCUCCAAGAAAAGAGUCCGACAGCUGCGGGAGGAGUUUGACCGUGGUGUUGACGUCCAGCUUGAGGAGGAGCACAGCGUUCACGACGUGGCUGCUCUACUGAAGGAGUUCCUCAGGGACAUGCCCGACCCUCUCCUCACCAAGGAGCUCUACACAGCCUUUAUCAACACCACGUUGUUGGACCCAGAUGAGCAGCAGAAUGUCGCUCAGCUACUGGUCUACUUGCUCCCAGCAUGCAACAGUGACACAUUCCAUCGCCUGCUGAACUUUCUGUCUACUGUGGCCGCUCACGCCCACGACCGGCAGGACAAAGAUGGUCAGGAGAUCACAGGGAACAAGAUGACGUCUUUGAACCUGGCCACCAUCUUUGGCCCAAACCUGCUCCACAAGCAGAAGAGCUCCGAUAAGGAGUUCAGCGUCCAGAGCUCGGCCCGAGCGGAGGAGAGCACGGCCGUCAUCGCUGUGCUGCAGAGGAUGAUCGCCAGCUACCACACACUCUUCAUGGUGCCUCCAGAUCUGCAAAACGAGGUGUUGAUGAGCCUGUUGGAGACAGAUCCAGACGUGGUGGACUACCUUUUGAGAAGAAAAGCAUCACAGAGUCCCGAUCUGCUGCCAUCGGAGGAGCCCUUCACCCUGAGCGAGCGCCGUUCCUCCAGCGACUCCAACAAGGCGUACAGCGGCGAGGUGUCCCCUUAUGACAACAACUCCCCGGUCCUGAGCGAGCGGAGGGGAGAACCGGGUAGCCCGGGCAGCGAGAAGCACUUCCGUGUCCCAGAGCAGUACACCGUGGUGGGGCAGGUGGCUGGAUGGAGCAGGGAGCCGGGAGCACAUGACCCUUGGGGCACCAAAGACACUAUAUCGGAGGAGCACGUUAAUAUUUGGGGGACGUGGCACAGCACUCUGAAGCCAACACUCAAGGACCAGACAUUCACAGGUUCCCACGGCAACAUGUCAGAGGGAAGCUCCCGCAGCUCACAGGAAGGUCUCGACGGACUCCAUGGCGAUGGCAAGCAUCAAGCCACGGUACAACGACCCCACCCUCCAGUCACCAGAGUGUGUACAAGCCCUCAUGUUGAGACGGGGCGACCACGCCUGCAGCUAAACAUAGGCCCCUCGCCAGCGUCACACCUCAACAGCACGCUGGGCCUCCAGCGGGCGAGUGGACACAGAAUUAACCCGACCUCCAAACUUCAAGGCGGGGCGAACACUGGCAACGGCGGCCCUGCUGUGCUUAAUGAUGGCCGCUCUCCGCCUGCCUAUAACGCCCACUAUCAACUGGCUGGUUCUCAAAGCUCGCCUCAGCUCGCAGCCGCUCAGCGCCCCCCUCUUCAGCACGGGAGGUCGAUCGCGGCGCAGAGCAACUCUGCAUCGACGACGGAGGCCCAGAUGGUGCCACAGAGCCCGGAGUGGCAGGACUGGCAGAGGGAUCGGUGGCAGAUCUGGCAACUGCUGUCCUCAGACAAUGCUGACACACUGCCUGAAACGCUCGUGUGAUUGCAGGCCAUGAACUCACCAACCGGCAGCAUCAUCAAACCCCCUCAAUUCAUCCAUCCACACAUGGAUUCCAUCCUUCCCAUGAACCGUCUGUGCUCCUCCUGCAUCUCGCCUCAUGGCAUUGUUGUUUACGUGUGCAGCUGCUGCCUUAUACAGACUUGUACAUCCAAGAGCCACUUGUAUUUCUUGUUUCGUGUGGAUGUUGAAAAGAUGCUCCUGUUGCUCUCGUAUCUGUUUCAUUCGUAAUGACAUGUGAGCUUUGUAACGUGCCCAUCAGAAAUACCUCAAAAAAAAAAAACCUUCUCCUUCACACCUCUUCCGAAUGUCACAUCUGUCCACAUCUGUUUCUCUCACAAUGUUCAGUCUUCAUAUCUCAUUUCAGAACAAUAGGAGUGUUUGGUGUGUCGUAUUUUGAUUUCAUCAUUUUUACACUUUCACAAUAAAAUCAAAGAUGUAUUGACAAUUGCUGCUAAAUGUAGACGUAUGUAGUUCAGCCACAUCAGUGUCUAAAAAGAUCAAAUGUUGAAUUGUGUUUCCUGUGUCACAGAUUGUUUGUGUUUAUUCAAACUGUCGAUGUAAAGUAUAUACAGUCAUUUGUAAAUCUACCUUAAACUAAGUCGGCCAUUUAACAGACAGUCUGAAUGUUGGUGUUUUAUUCAGACUGCUGUUUCUGUCUUUAAUUAACACUGAAUGUAAAAUGCUUCACUUGUGUCAAAAUGCUUGGACCUAAUUAUAAAGCACUCGGCUGUAUGUUUGCUUAUGUGCUUCUGCCACCUGCUGCACGGGAGGAACAAUGUAUACACUAAUUUCAUCCAGUUCUUUAUUACUAAGGAGGGAAAAUCAUUUUCCUGCUAUUUAUAAAUAUAAAUAAACAGAAAUCUAAAUGCUCAAACCCAACACAACAGUGAUAUAUGUAUGUGACCGACUGACUGAUCCGUCUUGUUGUACCUCUAAUGCUCGACUGAAAAUUCCAACUGGGUGUGGACAUAUCACCUGAAUCAAGCUGUGGUUACGACUGAUUUAAAAAAAAGAUUCAAAUCAACCCAUAUCAAUCUCUCCAAAUCCUCUCAAAUGUCACAGUUAAGUGGGUAUUUGCUGGCAAAUAUUUCACAUUUUCAAGGUUUAAUGUCAUAUGAAGCAACUUCAGCCUUAAAUCUGGAGACGCUUUAUUUAAUUUCACCUCCUCUUGUGUUUUCCCCCAUUUGUUCUCUCCAAGAGACAGGGGAAGAAAAGUGGAAGGAUUAUCGUGGAAAGGGUUGUGGCGCCACCUGUUGUCAGACCACGUGCGGCAAAAAUCGAAUCAAAGCUUGUGAUUAAAGAUUAAAGCUUGUGAUUAAAGAUUAAAGCUUGUGAUUAUAAGCACCUUUUUGUGAAAAUGUAAAAGGAAAUAAAUGUGCCAUAGGUGUCACUCUUAAUUGUUUCCCCAUGCAUUGCUCAAGGUUCAUUUUGUGAAUUUGUUUUUGUAUUCCCUGGUGAGUGUUGUAAUAUAUAAAUACAAUAUAAAGCUUUUGUAUCAAGAAAUAAAAAAAACCCAAUAAUCCUAAAGGUCGUAGCUUUGUCUCCCCAAAACAGCACCAUGUUUAGAACCAAACUUUGUGUAACAAUGCUUUUCAGUUGAUAUUUUGGUGGGGUUUACUGGGUCCAAGUUGUAAUGGAAUAUCUGGUAAUUGCUUUUGUACUGUGUGUCAUCAUCAAUAUGCAACUAUGGA